CAUCGAUAGCGGCGCCACUCGAUAGUUUUGAAUGGAAUGAUUUAAAACAUAGAUACUAUCGAUGGUAUAUAAAAGUUUUUCAAAGGCUCAAAACUCAAAAUUGACAAUGAAUGCAAUAAAGUUUGAAAAUCAACGGGUGCAGUACAAGCGCUUAUACCAGGAGACGCAGUUAAAUUCUGAGUCAUCAAAGCUACUGGUGCUACCGGCAGCAAACUUGGGCGAAACUUUGAGGCUAAUUCCAGGCGCACACGAAUAUUUCAAUAUUUCUGACGAACUUGAACGCCUUGGUGAUCCAGGGAACAAUGGUGGAGAAGGAGAGGACGGGGACGACCAGGCUGACGAAGAAAACGAAGAAGAAGCAGCUCCGAAUGAAGAAGAUGGCGACGAGAUUAACGACGAAACAGAAGAAGAAGACGAUGACGAAGAUGACGAGGACGAAAAUGAGGAGGAAAGCUAUGAAGAACUUCGUCGUCACUAUAUCGACGGGCUACGACUCAACCCCUGUCCGGUCUGCUCCAGAUUGGACAUGCUGGCGCAACUACAACCACUCAUUGGUUCACGUUUACCGAUCGUAGUGACUCAGCGUACACAUCCAACAUUUGAAAUUGGACAUUUUGAGAGGUAUUAUGUGAGUGGGCACGAACCUCUCAUCGGGAGUGACCCAGCAUAUCAACUGUGGACUAGAAUGCGACGAGCUGGAUAUUCAACCGAUCAGUGGCCAGAGUCGACUAGCCAGUUUGGGAGGAUGCAGAUGCUGCCAGCAACUCCAAAUCCAGCAAAUCCACGAAGAGAUGCCUAUAUUCAAACCGGAGCUUUUGGGAGAGAAAUAGUAUAUCCUCCCAACGGGGAGGUGAAUCGAUGGAAUUUUUAUAGUCCACGCGGAGAGCUGACUUCAACCGAAUAUUCGCCGAUGGUAGAGUAUCAAAGAUCGGAUCCCAACACAGAAAACCCACCCAGAAAUCGCUUUGAUUAUAGCGGAUACAGAGUCGGAGAUACUUUUUUAUAUUCUCCACCAAUCCCUGGAUCCAAUCUGCCAGCAUCCCAUCAGCCGGAUUCCGUGCGAUCUUCAAAUGCACUCCAGUCGUAUCCAUCACACAGAGAGGCGUCUGCUUUCGCCAUAGUGGAUCCAAACAAUGCAAAUCCACCCGGAAACUGCUUUGAUUAUAGCGGAUAUAGAGUCGGAGAUACUUUUUUAUAUUCUCCACCAAUCCCUGGAUCCAAUCAGCCAGCAUCCCAUCAGCCGGAUUCCGUGCGAUCUUCAAAUGCACUCCAGUCGUAUCCAUCACACAGAGAGGCGUCUGCUUUCGCCAUAGUGGAUCCAAACAAUGCAAAUCCACCCAGAAAUCGCUUUGAUUAUAGCGGAUAUAGAGUCGGAGAUACUUUUUUAUAUUCUCCACCAAUCCCUGGAUCCAAUCAGCCAGCAUCCCAUCAGCCGGAUUCCGUGCGAUCUUCAAAUGCACUCCAGUCGUAUCCAUCACACAGAGAGGCGUCUGCUUUCGCCAUAGUGGAUCCAAACAAUGCAAAUCCACCCAGAAACCGCUUUGAUUAUAGCGGAUAUAGAGUCGGAGAUACUUUUUUAUAUUCUCCACCAAUCCCUGAAUCCAAUCAGCCAGCAUCCCAUCAGCCGAAUUCCGUGCGAUCUUCAAAUGCACUCCAAUCGUAUCCAUCACACAGAGAGGCGUCUUCUUUCGCCAUAGUGGAUCCAAACAAUGCAAAUCCACCCAGAAACCGCUUUGAUUAUGGCGGACUUAGAGUCGGAGAUAUUUUCUUACAUUCUCCCUCAAUCCCUGGAUCUUAUCAGCCAGCACCCUUUCGGUCGGAUUUCGUGCGAUCUUCAAAUGCACUCCAGUCGUAUCCAUCACACAGACAGGCGUCUGCUUUUGCCAUAGUGGAUCCAAACAAUGCAAAUCCACCCAGAAAUCGCUUUGAUUAUAGCGGAUAUAGAGUCGGAGAUACUUUUUUAUAUUCUCCACCAAUCCCUGGAUCCAAUCAGCCAGCAUCCCAUCAGCCGGAUUCCGUGCGAUCUUCAAAUGCACUCCAGUCGUAUCCAUCACACAGAGAGGCGUCUGCUUUCGCCAUAGUGGAUCCAAACAAUGCAAAUCCACCCAGAAACCGCUUUGAUUAUAGCGGAUAUAGAGUCGGAGAUACUUUUUUAUAUUCUCCACCAAUCCCUGGAUCCAAUCAGCCAGCAUCCCAUCAGCCGGAUUCCGUGCGAUCUUCAAAUGCACUCCAGUCGUAUCCAUCACACAGAGAGGCGUCUGCUUUCGCCAUAGUGGAUCCAAACAAUGCAAAUCCACCCAGAAAUCGCUUUGAUUAUAGCGGAUAUAGAGUCGGAGAUACUUUUUUAUAUUCUCCACCAAUCCCUGGAUCCAAUCAGCCAGCAUCCCAUCAGCCGGAUUCCGUGCGAUCUUCAAAUGCACUCCAGUCGUAUCCAUCACACAGAGAGGCGUCUGCUUUCGCCAUAGUGGAUCCAAACAAUGCAAAUCCACCCAGAAACCGCUUUGAUUAUAGCGGAUAUAGAGUCGGAGAUACUUUUUUAUAUUCUCCACCAAUCCCUGGAUCCAAUCAGCCAGCAUCCCAUCAGCCGAAUUCCGUGCGAUCUUCUAAUGCACUCCAGUCGUAUCCAUCACACAGAGAGGCGUCUGCUUUCGCCAUAGUGGAUCCAAACAAUGCAAAUCCACCCAGAAAUCGCUUUGAUUAUAGCGGAUAUAGAGUCGGAGAUACUUUUUUAUAUUCUCCCUCAAUCCCUGGAUCUUAUCAGCCAGCACCCUUUCGGUCGGAUUUCGUGCGAAAUGCACUCCAAUCGGAUCCAUCAUACAGAGAGGCUCGAACUCGAACUUCAUGUAUAUGCCACCAUCGGAAUUGUCCUCAAUUCGGUGCUCAGUUUGAAGCUGCUAGACCCCGACGUGUAUUAUCAAGCAGACAGUUUAACACGUAUACCCCCUCGGGACGCCUUGUACCUCAAUCCUGGUACCAUGCCUUGCAACACGCUGCACUGUUGCGGCUGUUGCAGUUUAACACGUAUACCCCCUCGGGACGCCUUGUACCUCAAUCCUGGUACCAUGCCUUGCAACACGCUGCACUGUUGCGGACUACACCUAGAGAGCAGUCGGCAAACCAAUAUUCACCCAUCAGACAGGAUGUAGCCCGACCACACUUGCAUGGUCCCUAUGAGCCGCUGCUGGCCCAUCGCCUGGCCAAUGCAGUGGAAUAUGGCCUAUGCACUGCUGAAGACGACGACGACGGUCAGACUACACUGUUGAUGAACGACGUCCUAGAUCAGAUAGUAAGACUGCGACCCGAAUUAAUGGAACAACCCAACGAUGAUAACAACGAACCGAUUAAUCCCUUGGACGAGCGUGAAGCGAAUAUAAGAGAAGAGCAGAAGAUGCUCUGGGAAGUUUGUAAGAGUCGCCGCAAUGACAAGUAAUUGAAAGAAUAACUGCAGGAGACAAGCUAGACGACAAAGAAAAAAAAAAAUUUUAAAAUUUAUACAAGUGUUAUAUACCCGCACAAGAUAGUUUCUAAAAAUUACUUAUACCUAUAUGUUUCGAUAUUUUCAAAGACAACCCCACGUUAAUUUUAUCUGUAUUAUUCAAAUUUCCAAAAUCUGUCAGUAACUUUGUUUGUCGCGAGAAAAAUGGCGAAGAAUAAUAAAAAUAAUAAUAUAAUAAAUAAUAUAAAUAAAUAAAAUAAAAGUCGAGAUCGAUUCCAAAGCUGACGAAGGUACCACAUGUGUGGUUUAUAUUAAAUUGUAUAAUCAUUGUAUUCCCUUUUUAGAUGGUGUCCAGGGAUGCCGAUGAAGUAAAAGUAGACGAGGCACCUGCCGCUGUGGAAAGGGAAAGCUGCUAAGCCUAAGGGGCUGACAAGGACCUAGCUCUUCUCCAUUUGAAAGUGUAAAUGCUCAAUUGGUGGAUAUUUUCAGUGACAGCGAAAGCUUUUGCAGCUGAAAGAAAAACGUCUCGAAGUGAGGAUAUAUUACAAACAUUAUUUAUAUAUAAAUAAACAAAUAUUGCUUGAACUUUUAACGAUAUUUCGAUAUUUAUGAUUUUACCAACGUUUUUUUUAUCGGCAAGGGCCCCCCACCAUGGGAGCAGCUGAUUAAAAUGAGAUUCAAACUAAAAGUCCACAUUUCUAAUCUAACUGACACUUUUACAGCGCUAUUUUACCGUCGAUGGGUUUUCUGUUAAAAAUCCUCGUAAAAUAAUAAGACAGGACAUCACAUUAAUCACUGAAUUCUUGGACCUCUACAUCGCUGUCCACAUCGGGCCCAUCAUCGCUCAGGUCUUCCUCUUCGUUGUCCUGCAUCUCCCCGGGCACUCCCAGCUGGAGACGUUUCCGCUGCAGCAGGGCGAACCAACUGAGUCGAGUCUCGCACAGCGGACACUCGCCACCAAUGGGUAUGUAUUGUCCGGGCUCAUCGCCCAGCAGAUAGCUGGCGAGGCACAGCAUGUGGCAGGUCAGCCGGCAAAAGGGAUUGGUGCAGCCCAGCCGGGAGUGCUCCGGCUGUUCGAUGCUUUGCAUGCAGAGGUGACACUCGUGGGCCCAGGCAACAGGCGGAGCAGUACCGGUAGCCUCCUCCAGUUUACGCUGCGAGGCGGAGAUGGACACCUUGCCGCUGACAAUCUCCAUGUGGCAGGGUAUCGGCAGGUCAAACGCACGCUCAUAGUCCGUUUCCAGCCAGCGGAUGGUGAGUGCCAGACGAUGCCACGGCCCCACGCCCAGCAUGCGAUUGAGAAUCCUAAAAUUGUAAUCAAAAUGCGUCUCCUUGGGCUUUUUGCGCUUCAGAUCGGAAAAGAUCUUCAAGCGGGUGGAGAGCGUGGGCUGAUGCCAAGCCCACUCGAACUGCAGGGCCGAGAUAUUGUUGGGAAAGCCAUGGACAAUCAUGACCAUCUGCCAGGGACCCUUCUUGCUGGUCUUCUUUGCUCCACCGAAAUCGCAGCCACGAUUAUGCUGCUUGAUACGUCGCUUGGGAUUGACGGUGAAGC